AUGGCUGAGAGAUUGCAAAUACCCAAGAGAACAGGAAGAUUCUCCGUUUGUCCAAAACGUAUCCUACCACCUCCAGCUCCAAGAAGGAGUUCUCUUGCCCUAAUGCCAUUCUUCCCAUUCACAUCAACUUUGCCGAUGAGGCCAGCACGCCAAGCUAUUACAAACUCGCCUGAUCAAAAGAGCAGCGCUAACCAAGUGCUCUGCGUCAGUCCGAAGUUGCACAGAAGCAACGGGAAGACGCUGAGCAGCAUACUGAGACAAAGCAUGCAGAAGAGAAUGCAAACGAAUUCUUCCUCGAGACAGCAACCGUUGAGAAGAGGUGGCAUUAAUGUCGGGAUGGAGAAAGUUAGGUUGUCUAUAGGAAGCAGAGUAAGGUUAGCUUAG